AUGGACCUCGAGACCGGCCAGCCGCCAAAACUGUACGGCGUGAACCUUCAGCCACCGGCACCGUUCGACUUCGCGAACCCGGCAACAUGGUCGACAUGGCUCAGCCGCUACGAAGACUUCACCGCGGUUUCAGGACUGACAAAAGCGUCGGAAGACGUGCACGUACGCUCGCUACUGUACUGCAUGGGCCCGGAGGCACGUCCGCUCCUCGAGACGUUCUCGCACGACGCCCAGUCGCUCGCCUCGUACCAAGUUGUUGCCGCCCGCUUCACUGAGCACUUCGUGCACCCGGCCAACGAGCUCUACGAGUCGUCGCGGUUCCACAGGCAUGUUCAGCUACCCGGCGAAAGCGUCGACACGUACUACGCGGAACUGUGCAGAAUGGUGAAGCGCUGCAACUACCAGUCAGCUGCUGUCGCGGAAAGGCCCGUACGCGACCGGUUCGUCGUCGGCCUCCGUGACUCUCGCCUCUCGGAUCAGCUGUGCCGAAACGUGAAGCUGGCGCUCAAGGAGGCAUGGACACAGGCCCGUCAGUCCGAAGACGCCGACAAAGAGAAGGAGUUGACCCAGAACCGCACCGAGCACGCACGCGAGCUCAACCUCGACGCCGCGAAAGCAAACUCCCAAAGCAACGCUGCACGCCGAGCUCUUCAAAGGAUUGGGCACUCUCUCAAGGACGAAUACAUUAUUCGGCUGAAACCCGAUGCCGUGCCCUUCUCGCUAAGCGUCCCCCGCAGGAUCCCCAUCCCGCUGCUCGAGGUCGUCCGCCGCGAGCUGGACAAAUUGGAAAGCGCGGGAGUGAUCCGCAGGAUUGACAAGCCAACUCCAUGGUGCUCUGGACUCGUUGUCGUCAGGAAAGACGAUGGUUCCUACCGGCUAUGCGUCGACUUGACUCAAAUCAACAAAGUCGUCCUCCGUGAACGGCAUAUUUUGCCAACGGUUGAGCAAGUCCUUGGCCUCCUCGGUGACGCAACAGUUUUUUCAAGGCUGGAUGCGACCGCAAGCUUCCAUCAGGUGAAGCUUUCUGCCGAUUCCCAAGAGCUGACGACAUUCAUCACCCGAUAUGGCCGAUACUGCUUUUGCCGGCUCCCCUUUGGCAUCACGUCCGCUCCCGAGUACUUCCAGAAACAGAUGGCAAGAAUCCUGGAGGGCCAAGAAGGGGUCGCCAACAUGAUAGAUGACAUUCUGGUUUUUGGACGCACCCGCCAGGAGCAUGACGCCAGACUGAGCCAGGUGCUAUCUCGUCUUGCAAAAGCAGGCAUCACGUUGAACGAGGACAAGUGUCUCUUUGGGGUAUCUGAGGUCUCCUUCCUUGGUGUUGUCGUCUCAGCUAAGGGUAUCAGGCCGGAUCCAAGCAAGGUUGAAGCGGUCAAGGCUAUGGAAGCUCCCACAGACGUCGCCGGUGUUAGACGACUGCUUGGAAUGGUGGAUCAUCUCACCAGAUUCCUGCCACACAUCUCGGACGUCACAGCACCCAUCAGAGCCUUGCUGAACAGGUCUGCGAGUUGGGUGUUGCAGCAUGAGCAAGAGGCAGCAUUCAUGAAAGUCAAAGAGCUCUUGACGUCAGACAGGUGCAUGGCAAAGUACCACCCGUCGUAUGCCACGACAGUGUCCGCAGAUGCAAGCUCUUUCGGACUCGGCGCAGUACUGCUGCAGACUCAACCCUCGGGAGAGCGUCGCCCAGUCGCAUUCGCUUCGAGGUCAAUGACGAGUACCGAACAGCGUUACAGCCAGACCGAAAAAGAAGCUUUGGCAACGACAUGGGCUAUCGAAAGGUUCGACGAGUUUGUCCGUGGCAUCACCUUCGACGUCGAGACAGACCACCUGCCUCUCGUCUCACUUCUGGGCAAGAUGGAACUGGACAUGUUGCCGCCUCGUAUUCAGAGACUACGGCUCAAGACAAUGCAGUACCAGUUUCGCAUGCUGCACGUGCCAGGAAAACUGAUAGCAACAGCAGAUACCUUAUCACGUAUCACCCACAAGGCAACCAGUCCUGUGGACACGGUGGAACUCUUCGCAGCACAAGUAGUCAGCUGCAUGUGGGAAGUCUUGCCACUCCGCCCUGAAGAUGUACGACAGGCACAAGAAUUCGAUGGAGAGUGCAAGGCCCUCAUCUCCUUCUGCCAGCAAGGUUGGCCACGAAAGACCAGGCUACCUCUGCAUGUGUCGAAGUAUGCCUCCGUGGCAGACGAGCUCUCUGUCUGCGAUGGUAUCCUGCUGAAAGGCCCCCGGAUCGUCAUCCCAUCGUCUCUUCGGCCAGCGGUCUUGACGCUGUUGCACGAAGGCCAUCAGGGCACCAACAGGACCAAAGCCCUAGCUCGGGAGUCGGUUUGGUGGCCGGGUAUCUCAUCAGACAUCGCCUCUCUCGUCGCCAACUGCAAACAGUGCGCUUCCACCCGGGUGAACCUUGCAGAACCCCUAGUCUCCACAGCUCUACCUCGACGUCCCUGGGAAUUUCUCGGAAUGGACUUGUUCCAUCUCAAUGGCCAGACGUUCCUCCUGGUGGUGGACUACUACUCGAGGUUUCCCGAGGCGGUGACCCUGAGAAGCACUACAGCGCGGGCAGUCAUCGAUGCUCUCAAAAGCAUCUUCGCACGCCACGGAAUCCCACAAGACGUCAGGUCGGACAACGGCCCACCGUUCUCGUCGCAAGAGUUUGCGGCAUUCGCAGUGUCUUAUGGCUUCAACCAUGCGACCAGUAGCCCACACUAA